GCGCGCGCCGGCGACAAAGCCCACAAUGGCCGACCAUGGAGAGGCUGUGCGGCCGCGAGGCCCACGGCCUUCAUCGCUGCGGCCGGACGAGCCGUCCUUCUCUGCGAUCGAGGGCAGCAGCAGCAGCAGCGCCACGCUCGGGACCACUCCGACCACUCCCGGCUCCUCGGCGCGGUCACUGAGCACGGUCUUCACCGGGGCGUUCGCCCGUCUCGCCUCGCCGCGCAGCACGAGCCGCUUCUUUGGAGGGCACCAGUCCUCCGAUCUCGACGACGAGCCGGAACCUCCUAUCCGCCUCGGCGUCUUCACUUGGAACGUUGGCAACGCUCCUCCGGACGCGGCGCAGCUCUCGCUCUGGCUCGCCGAGGGCGGCGACGGGUUGGAUGUGCUGGCGGUGGGCACGCAGGAGAACAAGUUCUCGACCAAGGACAAGGCGAAAGGCGCGAGCGCGGCCGCUCCCCACAUCUCGCUCAACGGGCGCGAGAGCGACGGCGAGGAUGAGACGGCGGAGGAGGCGUCGCUCUCUGCUGGGCCGGCGCGGAACUCGGCGGCGGACGCGGCGGACGCGGCGGUGCAGUCGAUCCGCGGCGGCGGCCCGCACCGCGUGUGGGAGAAGAUGAUCCUCGCGCGGCUGGCGGGAGGAGGAGGAGGAGGGAGGCAGUGGGUGGUGCUCAAGCACGCGUCGCUGCGCCAGAUGCACCUCGCCGUCUUCGUGCGCGCCGCGCUCCGCACCUCGGCCCACUCCGUCCGCUCCGCCGUCUCUGCCACCGGCCUGGGAGGCGUGGUCGGCAACAAGGGCGGACUGGCCAUCUCCUUCCACCUCGGCACCACCUCGCUCGCCUUCGUCUCGUGCCACCUCGCGGCGCACGACCACAAGAACCGCGAGCGGAACGAGAUGUGCAAGGAGAUCCUCUCCGAGACGGCAAGAUGCAGCCGAGAUGCAGCCGAGAUGCAGCCGAGACGAAGCCGAGACGCAGCCGAGAUGCAGCCGAGACGCAGCCGAGAUGCAGCCACGGUCUUGCCAGACUAUCAAGCCGGAGACAUCGAGAUGGCGAUGCUCGAGUCGAGAUGCCGAGGGACGUGCGCGGUCUGCACACCUCGAGACGGCGGGCGGCGAGCAGAGGCCGGCCUGGUCCCACGCUCGACGCACCGCUGAUUCCGCUCGCUAGGCCGGCGCCAUCGGCGAGCAGAGGCGCGCCGCGCGUGGGCGGCUCGACGUCGCGUCGCAGUUCGACCACUGCUUCUGGUUCGGAGACCUCAACUACAGGGUCUACCCUAAGCUUGGCCAGCAGGCGG